GCAGAGAGAGCACAAAAACCAAGAUUCCUUCGCGAUGACCAAACUACCCUUUGUCUCUGUCUUCUUCUUCCUCCUCUUCCUCGAGUCUCUUCCUCUUUCCUCGUCUGCAACUCCUCCUUCCGAUUCUUCAGUCUACGAUUCCUUCAUCAAGUGCUUCUCCGACCAAACUAAAUCCCCACAAUCGGAAAUCUCAGACGAUGUCUUCUCUCAGACAAACCCAUCUUACUCUUCUGUUCUUCGCGCCUACAUCCGAAAUGCCCGCUUCAACACCUCGUCUUCUCCGAAACCCACCAUCAUCGUCACUCCUCGCUCCGAGAAUCACGUCUCCGCCGCCGUAAUCUGCUCCAAAACCCUAGGAUUCCUCCUUAAGAUCCGCAGCGGCGGACACGACUACGAGGGACUCUCCUACAUCUCAGACCAACCCUUUUUCAUCCUCGACAUGUCGAAUCUCAGGGACAUCUCCGUCGACAUCGCCGAAGAAUCCGCCUGGAUUUCUUCCGGCGCGACACUCGGCGAAGUUUAUUACCGAAUUUGGGAGAAGAGCCAAGUCCACGGCUUUCCCGCCGGAGUUUGUCCGACGGUCGGCGUCGGCGGACACAUAAGCGGAGCAGGGUACGGAAACAUGCUGAGGAAGUACGGAUUGUCGGUGGAUAACGUCGUGGACGCGAAGAUCGUGGAUGUGAACGGUCGGAUUCUUGACCGGAGAACAAUGGGCGAGGAUUUGUUCUGGGCGAUUAGCGGCGGAGGCGGCGCGAGCUUCGGCGUCCUGUUGGGUUACAAGAUCAAGCUCGUGCCCGUACCAGAGACAGUGACGGUGUUCCGGAUCGAGCAGUUCAUGGGCCAAGGCGCGACGGAGAUGGUUCACCGGUGGCAAUUCGUGGCCCCGAAGACGGACCCGAACCUGUUCAUGAGAAUGCUGAUUCAGCCCGUGACGAGGAAGAAGCAGAGAACGGUGAGAGCCUCAGUGGUUGCUCUGUUUCUAGGAAGAGCAGACAACGUGGUUUCUCUGUUGAGUAAGGAGUUUCCUGAACUGGGUCUGAAGAAGGAGAACUGUACGGAGAUGUCCUGGAUUCAAUCCGUUCUCUGGUGGGAUAAUCACGUAAAUGCCACUGCCAUUAACCCUAAUGUGCUUCUUGAUCGUGACCUUGACUCGGCCGGUUUCCUCAAAAGGAAAUCAGAUUACGUCGCGACUGAGAUCAGCAAAGAUGGGUUGGAUUGGUUGUUCAAGAGGAUGAUCGAUGUAGGCAAAGUAGGGUUAGUUUUCAACCCAUACGGUGGGAGAAUGAGCGAAAUCCCGGUGGGGCAAACGCCAUUUCCGCAUCGAAACAAGCUCUUCAAGAUUCAGUACUCCGUCAACUGGAACGACCCUUCUGCAGAAUCAGAGAAGGACUUCCUGGCACAAGCCAAGAGGCUUUACAGUUACACGACCGCAUUCGUGACCAAGAACCCGAGAAACGCGUAUCUGAAUUACAGAGAUCUCGAUAUCGGAGUGAACGAUCACGGGAAGAACAGCUUCGAGGAAGGAGAGGUGUACGGAAGAAAGUACUUUGGAGACAAUUUCGAUCGACUGGUUAAGAUAAAAACAGAGGUCGAUCCCAAGAAUUUCUUCAGGAACGAGCAGAGUAUACCUACCUUGGCAACUGCGAGAACGGCAGCUGGGUCGGGUGCGGGUCCGAGUAAUGGAGCAGGAGGAGGAACCGCCGGAUUCAGCAUGGUUGCAAUGUUUGGUCUUGUGCCCGUGGUUUUGCAAGUUGUGGUUUUAACAUUGCGCGAAGUGGUUGGUGUUCAUGACUGAAACCUUUGGAAAAGUCUAAACCCCUUUCGCUGUAUAAUUAAAUUUCAUUUCGUUUU